UGUCUUGUCCGUUUCUGCUCUCCCUUUCACUAUGUCUGUCCAGUUUUUUCUUUGUAUAAAAACUUGGUGGAUAGACUGACUGGUUGACUGACAAGCUGGUAUAUUUGGUUUGAUCUCCUUCCUAUUUUAUCCCUUGGGCCCUUAGUUGCUCACAGCAUUUUUUUUUAAGAAAAAUGUUAAUAGUUCCCUCCUCCCAACCAGCUCAUUGUAUAUUCACCAAUACAAAAACACAUUCUUUAUUAUCACUUUCAUUUCCUACAAAUCUGGCUCAGCUUUCACUCUUAGCAUUGCCAGUGAAAAAAAAAUGAAGAAGCAACACAAGAAAGGAUAAAAGAGAUGAACAGCAGAAGCCGGAGCAGUUCUGCUGAAAAGAACAAACAGCUUAUGGCAUGUUUAUGAAUUUAAACCUCGGGAAAGUUUCUCUGAACUCCAUCUGUUUAUAACUAUCCUCUGAAAACUAGCUGAAACUGCCAGGACCUACUUUAGAUCUUUGUACAGAAAAAAAGACUCAGUGGUUUGAACCAUGCAGUUAAAAAGAAAUCUGUGCUUCCACAAAUGCAAGAUGUAAAAAAAAGAAAGAAAAACCUCUAUGCAGUCUUUCAUCCUUAAGUAUGUUGCCCCUCAACCAACCGCCAAGGUCUAGUUCACCCAACAGGUGAUGGAGUGAUAACAGUGUUCCCAGACUGUACUGGUAUAUUACUUCAAACAGGAGAUAUGGAUUUAAUGUUUGUUGUCUCAGUGCUAUCUUGUAAGUACAUUUUUAUCAGUUAUAUAUGUUGCCUUUGCCAACAUUUACCCUAAGUUUAAGUUCAACAUUCAGAAUCAUGAAUGAGAUAAUGCAGAAAAGGGUUUUAGUUCCUGUUCCUAGCAAGAGAACAUAAUGAAGAAGAGGGUUAAAUAUGGAACCAAAUCUUUUGAGACUGCAUUGCUAAGAUGUGAAAACUGAAGGUCACAAAAGUUACUGUGUGUGCGUGCAAACAUGUGCCUACAAUUCUAGCACUUUUGGGAUUACAAUUCACUAGUAACUAUGCAAUCAGGAGAAGUUAUACUUCCAAAAUGGCUGAGAUCCUGCAUUGGAAGAUGGACAUGUAGGAUGUAAAUAUGCCUCUAAAGCAAUGGACCUCAUCAGAUGGAGGGAAUUUAGUGUCCUGGAGUUUUUUCAUCCUGUCUAAUGAAUGGAGCCCCACACCAGACAUCACACAACAGCGCAAAACUUCCAGUGGAAGCCCCACCCUCAACCGGGGUGAAAGCAUCGCUGGACACUUUCCUCACAACAUGGGAGGCUUCCCAUGUUGUGCUGGCUCCAAUGAAGCUAGCAUGAGGCCUCAUAGGGAAUUAACUGCAAUGAAUCCAAUUAAUUGCAAUGAAUCACUCUGACCAGGAGGUCAUGAGUUCGAGGCCGCUCGGAACCUAUGUUUGUUUGUUCUAUGUUAAAAGACAUUGAAUGUUUGCCUAUAUGUGUAAUGUGAUCCGCCCUGAGUCCCCUUUGGGGUGAGAAGGGCGGAAUAUAAAUGCUGUAAAUAAAUAGGGAAGACAACGCUUUCCCUAUGUGAUGGGGAAACCAUCUCUGAGAGGGUGCUGCAUGGAAGGUGAUGGAUUUGCUUCACUGCCCAUCGCCUUUCUCAGAGAAGCCAAGUGAAGUGGGACACUUGCCUGGCCUUUGUAAUAGGCCCUAAAUCUACUGAUGCAACAAAACACACACAUAUGUACACAUCCUGUGAGUAGUGCAGCCACCCUACCAUAAUGUGGUCAGAGAAUAGGAGAUACCGAAUGUACUCGAGUAUAAGCCAACCCGAAUAUAAGCCGAGGCACCUAAUUUUACCACAAAAAAACUGGGAAAACAUUGACUCCAGUAUAAGCCGAGGGUGGUAAAUUUCAGAAAUAAAAAUAGAUACCAAUAAAAUUACAUUAAUUGAGGCAUCAGUGGGUUAAAUGUUUUUGAAUAUUUACAUAAAGCUCAAAUUUAAGAUAAGACUGUCCAACUCUGAUCAAAUCAUUAUUCUCAUCUUCUUCAAUGUAAAUGUGCUUGUGCAUCCUUUUCAUAAUAAUAAUAAUAAUAAUAAUAAUAAUAAUAAUAAUUAUUAUUAUUAUUAUUAUUAUUAUUAUUAUUAUUAUUUUAUUCUUAUACCCCGCCCCAUCUCCCCGAAGGGACUCGAGGCGGCUUACAUGGGGCCAAGCCCGAACAGAACAAUAAUAACAAAACAAUAAAGCCAAUCAAUCAGACAAUAAAAGCAAGUCAUAAAAAGAAACCCCAUACAAGAUAAAAUGUUAAAAUCAUGGAUUGGGUUCAAAGAAUCUAGGCCAAAGUGCUAAAAGUGCAAAUAUAUCAUGUCAUCAGGGGAGGAUGGUUACUCAGCUAUGAUGGCUAUAAAGUGCCAUUAAAAUACUGGGGAAGGCAUUCACUGUAAUGGACAACAGGUCGAUCAUACAGAGAUCAGUCACCAAAAGCCUCUCGGAAGAGCCAAGUCUUCAGGCUCGUCCGAAAGGAGAGGAGGGUAGGGGCCUGCCUAAUCUCCCCAGGGAGCGAGUUCCAGAGCCGGGGGGGGGGGGCACAAUGGAGAAAGCCCUCUCUCUCGUCCCCACCAGCCAUGAUUGUGAAGGUGCAAGAGGAGGGCCUCCCCCGACGAACGAAGAGGUCGUGCAGGUUCAUAGGGGGAAAUGCGAUCUCAAAGGUAGGUGGGUCCCAAACCGUAAUAAUAAUAGAGUAAAAUAAUACAUGUAAUAAUAAUAAUAAUAAAUACAGGAAAAUAAUACAUGUAAUAAUAAUAAUAAUAAUAAGAUCAGAGUGAAAUAAUAAAUGUAUUAAUAAUAAAAAUUAAAAUAGAGUAAAAUAAAUGUAAUAGUAGCAACAAUAAUAGAGAAAAAUAAUACAUGUAAUAAUACCAAUAAUAAUAGAGAAAAAUAAGAAAUGUACCAUAUAUUCUCGAGUAUAAGAUGACCCAAAUAUAAGCCAACCAGGACUCUCACCCGAGUAUAAGCCAAGGGGGGCUUUUUCAGUCUUAAAAAAAGGGCUGAAAAACUAGGCUUAUACUCGAGUAUAUACAGUAAAUAGGAAAUAAUCCAGCUUGUUUCUUUUCGCUGUGUGUGCUACAAUAGCCAACAUACAUUGGACCUUUUAGGUCUUCUGCAGAUGAUAACCUACUGCAUAUCCAGCUACAAGAAAAUAGGUUAACUCAUCUCCUUACUCCUCAACAAUAUAGAGAUGGCUGUAUUGGGAAGGGCAUACUGCUUACAGGGUGAAGUGGGAGAAAAAGUUGUCAUUGUGUAGUCAGAACAGAACUCUGAUCUGAGCAACAAGCAUAAAAAUAAAUUCCAAAAAUAAGUCUGGCUUUUGUCAUCAUCAUUCAUAUAACAGGUUGCCAGCAAAUCUUUCCACAGUCUGUCUUCUAGUGUUUCCAUUUGACUCAGUGACAUCAUGCAUCUUAAACAGUGAAGAGGUGAUCCCAUAAAAAUAUCUGCUAGAGACAGCAAAUCACUGAGGUAUUCUCAUACAACACAUCUAGAGCAAACAGGAUAGCUCCUCAAACUAGCCAAAUCAAACUAGCCAACAACAAAAGAACUCCGAUUAGAAUCUUCCAUUCCUGCAAAGGGCAACAGAAAACCACUAUAUAUGGGUUGUGCUGCAAUGUGUACGGACUUUAUCUCAUGAGCUUCAGGCUCUGUUUCCAUGCUCUUAGGAAAUGCAUCCCCAUGGGAGUUCCACUUCUGGUGGGAAUUCAUAGGGCUCUGUUUCCUAAGCUCAUGGAAAUGGAGCCCAAAGCCCAUCUUCAGGAGUCAGGUGUUACCAGACUCUAAACAAGGAGAAAAUGGGGUAAAAGAGUGGGCUAAUUUACGGAAGGCUAGGAUACUGACAUUAGAAGGUCAGGACUUAUACAAAGGAUGGCAUGCAUACUUGUGGAAAAGGAAAGGCCACAAAGAAAGAAAUUUUAACAAUCACUACUUGAGAAAAGCAUUAUUAGCAACAUGGGAGAAAGACAAAAACAGAUUUUACAGGAAAACACCAUUAUGGCUCUCUCCCUUAGAGUCAGAACAUAUGAGAGAGAUCCCUAGGGAAAGAUGGUUAACAUACAAACAAAUGGUAAAAAUAGAUAAUCAGGGAAUAAGGUUAAAAUCAUACGAGGAGGUCAAACAAAUAGAAUCAUCUAUAAUCUGGCUAAACUACUGGCAGAUCAGGGAAGGUUUUAAAACAGAUAGCCAAAUAGGAUUCAAAAGGAACGAAACAGUAUGGGAUAAGAUUUUAAAUCUCGAAAGGAAAGUAAUCAAAAUGUUAUAUCAACAGUUGCUGAUAUGGGAAACAGAAGAGGUAUAUGUUAAAGAAAACAUGACCACAUGGGCAAGAGAGUUCGGACAUACAAUAAGGUUUGAGGAAUGGGAAAGAUGCUGGCAAAAGAGAUUAAAAUAUACAUAUUCAACAUCGUUAAAAGAAAGUUGGUAUAAAAUUUACUUCAGGUGGUAUAUUACACUGGUAAAAUUGGCAAAAAUUAACAAGGGCAAGAAUGGGGAAGAAUGUUGGAAAUGUAAAAAAGAGAAGGGAGAUUUUUUUUCAUAUCUGGUGGGGGUGCAAGAUGAUAAAAAGGUUCUGGAGAAUAAUACAGAAAGAAAUGGAGACUAUACUACAAAUAAAACUUGCACUAAAACCGGAAUACUUUCUACUAGGGUUAACAGAUUUUUUCAUGGAUGCAAAUAAUGAAAAACUGUUUAUAUUCAUGAUAAGCGCCGCAAGAAUCACGAUCGCAAAACUUUGGAAAACAAUGGAGAUACCCUCACUAGAACAAUGGACGCUGAAAUUGAUGGGUAUACGAAAUAUGGAUAUAUUAACGCAGAUAAUCUCAAAAAAACGGACACAAAAACAGAUUGGGACAAAUUAAGUAAAUACAUCAAGGAAAAAAGAGACUUGGAAAUAUAGAGAAAGAUAUUGCUUAAGAGUAGUCACUCUCGGGUUCUAAGAGUAUUGUUCGGGAAAGAAGGGGGAAAGUAAGAAGCAACUGCAGAACAGGGGAACUGGAAGGCUAUAUAUAGUGGAGAGAGGGUUGCGGGGCAGUGAGUUUUGUUGUUGUGGUUGUUCUUUUUUUAUGUUUUCACAUGCGGCUCUCUUCUUUUUAUUGUAUCACUAUAACUAUAAAUAAAAGGUUUAAAAAAAACAAGGAGAAAAUGGGAGAAAGACAGGGGAAAGAUGGGUAAAGACAUGGAAUGGCUGGCCAUCCCUCAAGACAGGGAAAGAUGGGAGGGAAUGAGUUAAGAUGGUUCCCUCUGCUUUCCCCAACUUUCCCCUCGCUCCAUCUGAUAAAGUCCUAAGCAGUCCACUAUUAUGGCAGCCCUUCAUAAGUUCACUAGAAUUGAGCAUAAUUCAGAUGUUAUAGCCGCGUCAUACAUCAAAUUACACAUAAGUCCCCAUAUAGCAUGUCAUUUCUCUGUACAGCAGAACCUCUGUGCAUGUUUCACACCCCAGUGCUUUCACUGAUUUGAUUUAUUAAAUUUAUAUGGCUGCCCAUCAACAAUUAUUCUCUGGGCAUCUUACAGUUCAAGACUUGGAAAAUGAGAAAUUUAAAUACACAAUGAUUAAAGUCAACAAAAAACUAAAAUGAAUCAUUAAAAUGCAACAAGACAUCAUUCCUGAGGGGCCAAAGGUGAAAACAUCCACUAUGGACAACAUAUCACACAAAUUACAAUGACAAGUUAUGCCACAUCCUUCCCAGGAAACUACUCAACAAUCUCACCAGCAUCCUAUCCAGCAAACAAGAGAAGAUCAAAAGGGAAUACAGAUACAGAUACAGAUACUACACAUACAGAAUCACCAGCAUAAAAGAACGCUAGACAAAAUUUCUAGAGAAAAUUAAAAUACAGCCUUGAGAGGCAAUUUCCUUCUCUAAAGAAAAAGAAAGAAAUCUAUUUUACUACAAACCCAUGACAGAAAAAAAACACUAAUUUGAAUAGUAGUAUUUUUAAUCUUUUCAUCCGAAUACCAAGCUAACCAAAUAAGUCUGUUCUCUCACAAGGCCCCUCAAAACCUACACACAAUUCAGUUAUGUAGAGAUAUGGAUGGUUUCUUCCACCUUUUACAAUUCAAGGUAUAUUUCAGGGAGUCUGACCUGAGCUAGAACAAUAGCUUCCAAACAUCACCUUGGACUACAUGACAUGACAAUAGUCACUGUAUUAACACAUAAGAAUAUGUUUCCAAGGAAGAUGAAAAGAAGAUGUCUGCAUAUUCCUUUCCAGAAUGCUAGAACAUGGAAUUGCAGCUCUACACAAAAUACUUUUGUCAUUGUGCCCAAACUGAAAUAAUCAGUAAAAGACAGAAUUUACCACACAACCUAAGCCUUAUAGAAUUAGAUCUCACUUACAGUCUCAUAAACAAUCCUAGCAUUAUUAUAUGACAGGCUGACAAAGAGGAAGCUGUGUGAAUCAUGAACAAGCCAAUCUACAUACAGGAAGCUGGGAGACAACUAUCCACCACCACAUUUUACAGAUUCCUAUCCAAAGAUUCUACUGAUGAAUAUCAGGAGGAACAAAACAAAUUACUCAAAGAAUUCUCCACUGAUUUAUAGAAACAAAUUCGAAUAGAUGCACCCAAAAUAUCUACUUUCUUCUACCCAAAAUACACAGACAAAGCAAUCCAAGGAGAUUUGCUAAAGCAUCCAUGUUUGGAUAUGGACUCAAUUCUCAAGUCAUUGGUCAACACUCCAGGCUACCUAAAGCAGGGGUCCCCAAACUAAGGCCCGGGGGCCGGAUGCGGCCCUCCAAGGUCAUUUACCUGGCCCCCGCCCUCAGUUUU